CUACCCAUCGUUAUCGGAAUUGCCGGUUUAUUUACAUUUCGACGCAUUGAAGCGAGCAAAUGUUUUGAAAAACCGCAAUAUUGUGUUUUGGCGCACACGAGCAGCACAAAAAGAGUCCUGAUCCUUCGAUCAUGUGUGCAAAUAGUCCUCGGGUUCCCAGCCCCGGCACUGGAGGAGCCCUAUGUGCCGAAGGUCGUCUAAGUUUGUAUUGCUUUGUAAUCACAGCAGCUUUGAUCCUGAUCCCCUCGGUGCCGCAGAUCCUUUAUGGAUUGGUUCCUCAAGUGUGGGGCGCCGUGCUCUGGGGUCCUGUUCUGUACUACGCCCUGAUCAACAUGAUUAUACGGUUUGUGCUACGGAACCACGACUAUCAGGUGGCCAUUAGAGCUUCCUUCCUGGGCUUCACCAUGGCCGUUAGUGUGCUGGUCAUCUGCUUUGCACCCACCGAAUGGCAGCAAUUCGGCGUCUACGGCAGCUUUAUGUCCUUCUUUCACUACUCAGAGUUCCUGGUAAUCGCAUAUGCCAAUCCGCGCACCUUAACUCUCGAUUCCUUCAUGCUGAACCACUCAGUGCACUAUGGACUAGCUGCUGCUGCCAGCUGGAUCGAGUUCUCGCUGGAGGUGUACUUCUUGCCGGAGUUCAAGAGAUUCGGACACAUAUGGCUGGCGGGCGUGGUCCUGUGCUCCUUCGGCGAAGUCGUCCGCAAGGCGGCCAUUAUCACAGCCGGACGGAGCUUUACACAUUUGGUCCAGAAUGAGAAGCACUCGGAUCACAAGCUAAUAACGAGCGGAAUCUACGCCUACUGCCGGCACCCGUCAUACGUCGGCUGGUUCUGGUGGUCCGUGGGGACCCAGAUCGUGCUGUUAAACCCCAUCUGCAUCUGCAUCUACACACUGGUCAGCUGGCUCUUCUUCCACGAUCGCAUCUACGUCGAGGAGUACUCCCUGCUCAACUUCUUCCAGUCGGACUACGUGCGCUAUCAAAAGCGGGUGCCAACGGGCUUGCCCUUCAUCCGGGGCUAUCUGCUCGAUUAGUUCCACGGAUCUUGGGUUCAAUGUCACAAACAAGUUGCCAAUGCAAACAAAAAGUUCUAUUUAAGAUUUAAGAAAAAAGCGUACACAACAGUCCUCUUUUGUAAAGACAAAAAAACAUUGCAAAAGCACAUUGUAUUUUCGAAAAUAAGUUUUUCUAAUAUUUAGCAUGUUGUUUUGUAUUCAUAAACUAGUCAAAGCAUGUUGCUGAUAACCUAA